AUGUUAUUCUCCAAGUGGUUCCUUCUUUACUUUCAGGAGUUCCUGAUCCAGUUGGAGGGUGGGAAAGAUUUUGACAAUCUCUACGACGCUGUCUACAGCAAGAUGAUUGAGGGCGAGCUAAGGCGGUUGCACUACCUGCGACGAUCAAAUUUGACGAAGUCAACUGAUCGGGACCAGGCUAGCACACAUUACUGUAUGUGCCGCCGUUCUGGCUUCUCCGGUUUCAUGUUACAAUGCGAACUCUGUCGCGACUGGUUCCACCCCAAGUGUGUUGGCUUUCCGCUCAAGGUAAUACCACUUUUGUUUCCCGGUUUUUAUCACAUUUCUUGUUAG